AUGGCUAGCAUUAGCACCGCGCAAACACCCCAGCAACGACGAGCGAAUAUCAAGUUCGCCAAGGAACAGGACGCGCGCCGUGGCAAGUCAGAAGACCAGAUCAAGAAGAAGGUCAAGGAGGUGCAGAAGUCGCCCAUCUCGCCCAUCUGGUUCGGUCUCCUCGCCUUUGUCGUCUUCGGCGGCCUAGUCUUCGAGGCCAUCUCUCGCUUCGUCAUCGGCCGAUGA